UCCCUAACACACACACUCUCUCUUGCCCACCCACACGACAGGUGACAGACGCACAACAUGGCAGAGAGUGACGAGAGCGUGAGGCAGCGUAUUAACCUGGCUGUGCUUGUGCUUGUGGCCUUGCCUGCGGUGGUGUGUGUGGCGGCGGUCCGGGCGUCGUGCUCGUGCGUGGUGCCAAGCGGUGGCGGCGGAGUGUUUGCCUCUCCGGCGAGCUGGCUGGUGGCGUCAGCUGGAGGAAGCGGAAGCUGGUGGCAGGAUGGACGAGCGAUGGUGAAGGCCAUGGAGGUCGUGAUCGAGCAGGCGGCAGGGUAUGCCCAGUGCACGCCUGUUGCUUCGCAUUGGAUGGGCCUGCCGCUGCCUGCGGCAACGUGCGCAGUCGCCGGGUGGCACCCGCUGCUCUUGGCCAACGUUCUCUUUGCCCUCAACGUGACGGCGGUGUUCUGGCUGGUGGGCCUUGUGCAGGGCUCGUUCUGGCUCAUUGAUCCGUACUGGUCGCUCAUUCCGCCGGCCUUCUUUGCCCUUGCCGCCCUGCAUCCUGCCGGCGAUCCUGCGCUGGCUCCGGGCGCGCCCGGCUGGUCGCGGUUUGUGGUUUGCGUGGCGCUGGUGGUGGUGUGGGCGCUCCGCCUCACGCACUCGUACUUUCGGCGCGAAGAAUGGCAGAUUGGCGCCCGCGAGGACUGGCGGUACGUGGCGAUGCGCGAGCGGUUUGGCAAGGCAUGGCCGCUGCUCUCGCUGUGGUACGUGUUUGGCGUGCAGCAUCUGCUGCUUGUGGGCAUCUCGCUGCCUAUCUUUGCGGUGGUUGGGAGCGCCGACCAGGCGUGGACGGUGAUGGACACAAUGGCGACUGCGGCGGCGGUGUGCGGGCUGCUGCUCGCGCACGUGGCGGACAACGAGCUGUACGAGUUUGUGACGACGCGCGAGAUGGGCGAGGCGCCGCUGCUGUGCACCGGCACGUGGCGGUACUCGCGGCACCCGAACCACUUUGGCGAGGGCCUAUUCUGGACGGCGCUGGGUGGUUUUGCUCUGGCCUGCGGCGCAGGGUGGAUGCUGGUCACCGUCCUGGUGGAAGAGCGGAUGAUGGCGUCGCCGGCGCGGUCACACCUCUACAAGCUCUACCAAAAGUCGACGUCGCGGCUGAUUCCGUGGUGGAAGCUCGCGUGGCACUCGCAGGGCUAG